CGAGCAAGACAAUUUAGAUACCGAGAAAAAAACUUUCAGAGUUUAUUCAGUGUUCAAUUCGCGCUAAAAAAUCCACUUAACUUGAUAUUCGAGAUAGCUAAAUUCUAGUUGAAACGAACUACCGCGGACGCCGACGACGACACCAAAGCUUAUAUAACAAGGCAGAAACCGACAGACAGGCCCCUCAAACCAGUAAAAGAUGUUGCGAUUGCUGCGCAAUACGCCCGCCAGGUGCUCCGGCCAGCAGAGCGUAAUCCAGAGCCAUGUGCGAUGUCUGGGCUCUGUAAUUCCGGAGCUAAAACUAAAGGACUUUAGUGUCGAGAAUGAGCCGAUUCUUAACUACUGCAAGGAUUCGCCGGAACGCAAGGCCUUACAGCAAGCUCUGAAGGCAACGGCCUCCAACUGCGAGGAGAUUCCAAUUGUGAUAGGCGGCAAGGAGUUCAAGACGUCCGAAGUGCGGCAUCAGGUCAUGCCCCACGAUCAUGCACACAAGCUGGCCCAAUUCUACUACGCCGAUAAGAAGCUCCUGCAGAAGGCCAUCAAGACCGCUGUGGAAACGCAGCCUAAGUGGGAUCGGGUACCACUGGCCGACCGCCUGAAUAUCUGGGAGAAGGCCGCUGAUCUGAUGGCCACAAAGUACCGACAGGAAUUAAAUUCGGCCACCAUGUUGGGACAGUCCAAGACGGUCAUUCAGGCCGAAAUCGAUGCGGCAGCAGAGCUCAUUGACUUUAUACGAUUGAAUGCAUACUUCCUCAAGGAGGUCUCCAAAUAUCAGCCCAUUAGUGAGAACAUCAAGGUGACCAAGAAUUCCUUGCGGUAUCGUGGCAUUGACGGCUUUAUUGCCGCUGUCAGCCCCUUUAACUUCACGGCCAUUGGCGGCAACUUGUCCUACACUCCCGCUCUGAUGGGCAAUGCUGUGCUGUGGAAGCCCUCUGACACGGCCAUGCUUUCCAAUUGGCGCAUAUUCAAUAUCAUGCGCGAGGCAGGAGUGCCCGAUGGCGUUGUUAACUUUGUGCCAGCCGAUGGGCCUGUGUUCGGAGACACGAUUACUGCCAGCCCCCACCUGGCCGGCAUCAAUUUCACUGGCUCUGUGCCAACAUUUAACCGCUUGUGGAAACAGGUGGGCAACAACAUUGACAACUACAUCAACUUUCCCCGCUUGACUGGCGAGUGUGGUGGCAAGAACUUCCACUUUGUGCACAAAACGGCGGACGUCGAGUCGGUGGUGACAUCGACAAUUCGCUCGGCCUUCGAGUAUUGCGGACAGAAGUGUUCGGCAUGCUCGCGCAUGUAUGUGCCCGAGUCUCUGUGGCCACAGAUCAAGGCUGGCCUGCAGUGCGAGGCGGAGAAACUAAAAAUAGGUGAUGUCCAAGACAUGAGCAGCUUCACAUCGGCUGUCAUCGAUGACAAAGCAUUUAAACGCAUUACCAGCUACAUAGAGCAUGCCAAGAAGUCCCCAAACCUGGAGAUUAUCGCUGGGGGCACCUACUCAGACAGCAAGGGCUACUUUGUAAAUCCCACCAUUGUGGUUAGCAAAGAUCCCAAGGAUCGCAUCAUGGUUGAGGAGAUCUUUGGGCCCGUGCUGUCCAUUUAUGUGUACAAGGAAGCGGACUUGGCGGAGACCAUGAAGCUGGUUCACACCUCCACGAAGUUUGCCUUAACUGGAGCAAUAUUCGGACAGGACGAGAACUGGGUCCAAGCCGCAUUGGACGAGUUCAAAAUGGCUGCCGGAAACUUUUAUAUCAAUGACAAGUCGACCGGAUCUGUUGUGGGCCAACAGCCGUUCGGCGGAGGUCGGAUGUCCGGUACCAACGACAAGGCCGGCGGACCCCAUUACAUUCUACGCUGGACUUCGCCGCAGUCCAUCAAGGAGACGUUUGUGCCCCUGCGUGACGUCAACUAUCCCUACAUGAGCGAAUAAGCUGAGGAGGAGCCGAGAAGCAGAAGCUAAAACCGACAGGAAUCUCAUAUAAACUACUAACUAUAUAAAUAUAUAUAAAUGUAUAUGUAUUUUGUUGAACUAUUUUUAAACAAGACCCAAACUCCCCCACCCUUUACCCCGCCUCCCGUAACACCUACCCCUAGUUCAGAUAGUUAAAUGUUGUGCACACACACGAAUCUCGGAUGAGAGCAAGAACCCAUGAGACAAUGAAUGCGCCUCCAAAACUGUUGUAAAUUGAUAUGCUGAUUACCCUUUUAAACCGUCACACACAUACACACACACACAAACACAUGAUUGAUUAUAUGCCACGAAUACUAAAAUAAUAUCUCUAUAAAAACCUAAAGUUUUAAACGUAUUGUGAUUGCUUAAUUAUAUGAUUUUUAAUUAUGUUUUGUCCGCCUUUUGUUUUUAUCCUUACGAUAUAUGCUCGUUUUUUUUGUUUUCAGUUGUGAUCUGUAUUAUAUGAUAAAUAUGCCUCUAUAUACACCACACAAACGUAUGUAAAAGCAAACAAACACUUGACAAUACAUUUCGAAUACUAAAUGUGAAAGAUACUAAAAGAGAUAAAUGGAAACUUAGUAACAUACAGUAAAAAUAAAUUAUUUAAAUUUCAAAA